CACCCUACCACUGGGUGCUUGCUAAAACAAACAGCAAUUUGCUCCUCCGAGUCUCUCUCUCCCUCUCUUUCUCUCUAUUUCCUAAUGGCUACCCUAGAUCCUUCUGCUGCCAAUGGAGGAGGGGACCCUGCUAGACCAAGAGGACAAACAACUGCUGCUGUUGAGGACCAUGAGACUUGGGUCGAGGAGAAACGGUUCACCAUGUACAAGGUUGUAGUAAGAUUAGAGGAUCGGUCAUAUUUCAUUUUCAGACGUUACAACGAGUUCAACACAUUACUGGAUAAGAUAAAGAAGAGAUAUCCCGACUCCAACCUCAAGCUACCCGGGAAAAGGAUCUUUCUCAAUAACUUUGACCCGGCCUUCAUCAAACAGCGGAGACAAGGUCUCAACGAUUUUAUCGUCAACCUCAUUAAGAUCCCCAGUAUAUUUGACGAUGAAGCAGUUAGGGACUUCCUAUCCCUUGACGAUCAAAGAAGUACCAUACCAAUUUACGACAGAGAGAGCCUUGACGAGGAGGCCGGUUCCGAAGACAAGACUGCUAAUCGAUUUGACCUCGGUACGUCAGAGAAAGAAUCGGCAGCCAUCACUGAUUUCAAGUUGCUGAAGGUCAUUGGUAAAGGAAGCUUUGGGAAGGUGUAUCUAGGGCGCCAUAUUGAUACUAAUAAACACUACGCCAUUAAAGUACUUCAAAAGAAAGCGAUAGUGAAGAGGAACGAGGUGAAACACAUUAUGGCAGAAAGGAACGUCCUCUUGAGGAACGUGACUCAUCCAUUCCUUGUUGGCCUUCAUUAUUCAUUCCAGACCGGGACUAAACUGUAUUUUGUGUUGGAUUAUGUGAAUGGAGGGGAACUCUUCUUCCACUUGCAGAGAGAAAGAGUUUUUGAAGAGCCAAGAGCAAGAUUCUAUGCUGCUGAGAUUACGUCUGCGUUAGGCUAUCUUCACGAACAGGAUAUCGUCUAUCGCGAUUUGAAGCCUGAAAAUAUACUCCUUGAUAAACAAGGUCACAUUAUUUUAACUGAUUUUGGAUUGUGUAAAGAGGACGUCAAACAAGGUGAAACAACUUCAACGUUUUGCGGCACACCCGAGUACCUUGCCCCCGAGGUCCUCCGGAAGCAGGACUACGGUCGACCGGUCGACUGGUGGUGUUUGGGUGUGGUCACUUACGAAAUGAUGUACGGGCUCCCACCAUUUUACAGUCGUGAUGUUGCUGAAAUGUAUGAUGGUAUACUACAUAAGCCUCUUCGUCUUCGUCCUAACAUCACUCCAGCUGGUCGCUCACUCCUGGAGGGACUCUUACAGAAAGACAAGAACCACAGACUCGGCUCUGGUGUUAGGGACUAUAAGGAUAUCAUGGAUCAUUUGUUCUUCCGUAGUAUAAACUGGGACGAUCUUUUUCUUAAGAAAUUAGAACCACCAUUCAAUCCUAACGUAUCAGGUGAUCUUGAUUUGCGUCACUUUGAUCAAGAGUUCACUAACGAGGCUAUAUCAGAUAAUCCUUCUCCUCCCAAGUCGACAAGCGCUGGAAUGAGCAUUAGCGUUCAAGAUGAGACUUUUGCUGGAUUCUCUUAUAUCCCUAACGAAGGAAAGUACAUGCCUAGUUAACCAAAUACCCUUAGGAGAUUGUACUAUUAUUAUUAUUAUUAUUAUCAUUAAAAUUGUCAUUGUUGUUGUUGUUGUUGUUGUUGAAUUGUUUUAUUGACAGGUAUAAAUUUUUAUCGUCAUCUCUGUUCUUUACGUGUGUACAUGUAAAGUUAUUAUUAUUAUCAUUAUUUCUUUUGUACAUGUACAUGUGUGAUUUAAAAAGUGAAAUCUGCCCCUCUUGACUCUC